CAGCUUUAAUUUUAAUAUCACUGAAAGACGACUUGAAUAUUGAAUUAAUGCUUCAUUACGCGAACAAUAAGGAAAAAUGCUUGCUUCAUUAAAAAACAGUGUUUUAUGGACGACGCUUGGAUUAGUGGGUGGAACAAUCUUCAAGUAUUUUACAUACAAAGGGAACUCAAAUCAGGAAGUUCUCGAAAUUUUGAUGUUCAACGAGCUGAGCAUUAAGUGUCCCAACAGACAUUUUAAGAACAAGCCUUCGGAUGGCUGCAACAAAUAUUGCAGCAGGCGUCACAUACAACAGAUCAUUCAACAAAUCGAUCGGGCCGUAUAUUGUAUAGACAUUGCCAUCUACACAUUUACCAACGUUGAAUUAUUGGCUGCAUUCUAUCGAGCGUUGAGUCGUGGUGUCGUAAUACGCGUUGUUACAGAUCCCGAAAUGGUUUGCACUUCUGGCUCCAAAAUCUUGAGCCUGUUCAGGUCCGGUGCUGAGGUUCGUAUGCCGGAGACAACGGCUAUGAUGCACCACAAGUUCCUGGUGGUGGAUGAAGAGUCACGUGUAAAGCACCUUCUGCAAUUGAAGGACAGACAAACUAAGCCACAACCUUAUUUUGGUAUUAUGUUCUAUGGCUCCGCCAACUGGACAUCUCAAGGCUUUAAUGGCAACUGGGAGAACGGCAUCAUUACCUCCGAUAAACUGUUACUGAAUCAAUUUCAAUCAGAAUUUGACAGAAUGUGGGAAUCCUUUAAAAGUUAUUCGCCACCAAACAAAACAAACGGGCUUAGUAAUCAAUGUACAUAGUUUA